GGCGGCGAGGGUGAAGAGAGGUUGAAUCGGGAAGAGAGGGCUCCACUGCUUUCGCGAACGAGUGGGAGAGUCUUGGGUUAGUGCUGGGAUAUCAGCGACACAUCUCGAACAUGCGUGCGGACAGACUGUGUAGCUCAGACGACAGAGGUGUGGAUACCGGUGAGGCUACUACGCUUCCGGUGCGAAUUGCUGGUCAUACCAGGGAGAGUCUUGCAAAAACAUGUGUGUGUGUGUGUGUGUGUGUGUGUGUGUGUGUGUGUGUGUGUGUGUGUGUGUGUGUGUGUGUGUGUGUGUGUGUGUGUGUGUGUGCAGAUAAACAGCAUCAGGGAGCACUUGUGCUUUCCAUGAGUAUGUGACAGGUGCCAUUCAAAUACUGAGUCUUCAGUGUGACUACUGGCUGCUCGCAUGCCUGCCACGGC